GAAAGACAUGACUAUACAGAGAACAGCAAAGUGGGAGACUUUCACCCAGUCAACUUGAUCUGGUUGCUAGAAAUGUUGUGAUUGCAGUUCUACAUCAUGCAAUAAGAGGUAAAUGGAGUAGUACAAUAGAAACUAAAAUGCAACUGUUUGAAUUUUAUAGUGUUAUUUUUAAAGCUUUGGGACCUCCUCUGCAAGCAACGCGCAUUGAUUCUUGAUAAUGCCAAAAAGGGCAGCUGGUGUACAUGAGGCUCUGUUGUUCAUCAUUUGUGUUUGAUGUGCGUUUACAGUGUCCAUUUAUGGAAUUUGGUUUUACGAUAAGGAAGAAUGCCAAAGAAUUGCAGAGCUGAUGAAAAAUUUAACUCAGCAAGAACAACUGAAAGCGCAGCAGGGAUCUGGCCUAGGGAUUUCACCAGUCAGCCUCAGCUCUGGUGACAGGAAAGACAUGGAUAUCUUGCAGAUGCUCACCAGAGCCAAAGAUGAAUACACAAAGUGUAAAACAUGCUCGGAGCCAAAACAAAUGAUCAGUUCUGCUCUAUACCACAAUCCCAACUUGAUCAAACCAAUCCCUCUAAAGCCCAGGGAAAGUCAGAAAGCACAGCACACAGAUUCUGAGCCUCGGCACCUGUCCCUUAUGACUCUCUUUGGAAAGCAGGAAAAAACAAAUCUGUACCAAAAUGUCUCCGAGACAUCUCAGAAACUCCACCAAGACAAUUUUCCGCCAAGGCAGGGAGUCCUACGCUCUUUCUUGUAUGAGGAACCCGUAAGACACUCGCCCACCACAGAAAAGCAGCUCUGCCCGGCCAUUCAAAAACUGAUGGUGCGUGGGCCAGAGCUUCAACCGGUCUCUGAACUCCCAGAGAACCGCCUCUGCGAGAAUGGCAGCCACCCUUCCGUGGGGGAAGCUUUCACUGGGCUCUUCCAGCCUGUGACUUCACAGAGCAUCGGGAGUUCUCAUCCCGCCCAGAAUACCGCUUGGCCAGGGAGCCUGCUCCAGCAGUUGCAAGGCCAGUCCGAACAGAUGACUAAAGUGGAAGCUAACAGCAUAGGACUAGCAAAUUCAGCUACCCCAGCCUUCAACAGGACUCCAGCCAUCUCCUUGGCGGCCCAGGUAAACCGCGCAAUACAGCCACCCACGAUGUACUUCAAUGGUUCCCUGCCAGGCCAAGCGCUUGGUAAAGAACAAUCCAAGCCUCCUAAGCGGUCACAUCCUCUUCCUGGGAACCACUCUGGAAAUUCUGGCAUAAUUUCACCUCAGGAGUUGUUGAAGAAACUGCAGAUAGUGCAGCAGGAACAACAGCUGCACAUAGCCAGUCGGCCAACCUUAGCGGCUAAGUUUCCUGUUGUUACUCAGGCCUCCGCCACUCUGAAACCUUUGGAUUCUUGGAUGGACAAGGCUUCAGCUACAGAGAAGCAGCCCUCUCUUCUUCAGGUCAUCUCCCCGCAGCGGAUUCCCGCUACUGUAGCUCCAUCCCUGCUGAUGUCUCCAAUGGUAUUUCGUCAGACUGCCCCACAGCUGCCAAAACCAAGUGAAAGUGGAUGGCUGAAUCAAGAAAGCACUUCUGGAUCAUCAAACCUUCUUCUGUCUCUUCAGAACUCAGAAGCAACCAUCCCAAAGAGCAGCCCACUAACCAAGUUACAGCUACAGGAAACACUUCUGCAUCUGAUUCAGAAUGACGACAACUUCCUAAACGUCAUCUACGAUGCUUAUCUCGGCAGCGUGGGAAAAGCGGCAUUGAAAAAGCCCAUCUGAAGCAUCACAUUUUAAUUAAAUGUAGCCUUGUUUCCAUGUUUGGAACAGCAACCGAACGGAAGAGGUUUUUAAACCUCCCGCAAGACUUUUAAAUUAUCUUCAUUGGAAGCGUAUCUUGUUCGAAGAAAUUAGUCAAUGGGAUUAUUAGUGCCUUCCUGAUUACAGUGUGAAAACAACAUCAAGAUAACUCAUAUUGUGGUUCCUUUAAAAAAAAAAAAAGGUGUAGAUUCCACAAAAGCCACUGCUUUCAUUAAAAUAACAAAAAAACAGCAUAAUGAUGUCGUCUGGAAGCUCCUCCCCUUUCAUGCGUGUAUAUAUCAUGAUGCGUGUACCCAAGACCUGUGUUGCAUCAGGGCUUUUUUGUCCCCUUUUGCUUCCCACCUGGAUGCCACCUCAUUGGAGGUAUGCUGGCUUGUACAAAGUUCGAUACGAUUGCUUGUUUUUUUUUUAGAUUUUGUGGGUUUUUUAAAUGCACUGUAUAAUGGCUAUUAAUUAUGUGGGUACCAAAAGGCCCUGCAUGCUUCAAAAACCUAUUCAGAGAAGCGCUUCAAACUUCAUAGGAACGCAAAACCUACUUGCUAUUUGUUAAGGACAUUUCGUUCUUUUCCCAGGCUUCUGCAAAGGGGGCGGGGGGGGGAGGAUAACGUUUUAAGGCGGGGGUCCCCAAACUUGGCAACUUUAAGACUUGUCGACUUCAACUCCCAGCAUUCUCCAGCCAGCAUAGUUGCUGGGUGGCACAAGGUCUGAAGGCUUCUUCUGAAUUCUUUUUGGAGUACGCACAUUUUGCUGGGAAAGGCCUGUUGCUAGAAGUCACGAGUUUUUCUACUUUGAACUAUUUAGAAAGAAUAAAUACAGAAUACAUAUUUAUUGGCCAGCAGGUGGCAGGAUAGGUCUGUUGUUUUGUUGUGUCUACUUUUAAACAGAUGAUUUCUACCAGAGCAUCAGCGAGAGCUGCGGAUUUUAUUUUCUAUCAACUGAACUACCAGCAAGUUGUUCAGAAAUCAGCAAAGUGUACUUGAUCUUAAGGUGAUUUCUUAAAGGUAGGGCUACCGCAGAUGGGCUGCACAAAUCUGGAGGGCAGCAAACCAUUUAAUAAAACUUUAACUCUUUGAUAGCAUUGAGGUAUUAUUUGGAUGUUGUGCCCCAGAUCUCAAGUAAAGAUAAUGAAUGCAUAUAGUACAGCAGCCUUGUUAACACAUUUGAAGAACUCUAGGCUAGACUCUAAGUCCGUGAUGGCAAACCUAUGGUAUGCGUGCCGAAAGUGGCACACAGAACCAUCUCUCUGGACACACCAGCCAUCACCUGUUGCUUUUCCAGGUUCCAGCAUGCACAUGUGCACUGGUCAGCUGGUCUUUGCAUGCACAUGCGUGCAAGAAACUGGAAUACCAGGUGAUUGGCGCUCCCGCAUGUGCGUCUUCCGGUUUGCAGUGCAUCCCCGCAUGCAUGCGCGUGCUCCGUUUUCAGCACUUGGUGCCGAAAAGGUUUGCCAACACUGCUCUAAGCAAUUCUUUUUCUCAUAUCACUUUAGUAUUUCAUGAAUGGACACCAUCUGGCUCUAUCCCCUGGAACUUGGUACCUUAACUGGAAUGUUAUUUUCAUGUUUUUAAAAUGGUGCUCAUAUUAUGAGUUACGGCAAAGGAGAGAAGGUUUAUGGCUACCAGAUCCAGGCAUCGUAAAAGGGGUACAGAAAACUUUAACUGGAUUUUUCAGUCUCGAUCUGAUAGCUCUAAGAAGAUUAGGGUGAGAUUUAUUACCGUAGUAAAUUUAUAUGCCAUGAUUCCAAGAGGCCACAGAUAUUUAUGUUUGUUAUUCUGUGUUUUAUGAGAGCUCGCCAGUUGUUAACGUAUCUGAAAGACAGAGUCACUUAAGAGAAAUACAACAUUCCCAUUUAAACUAUAGAGUUUUUUAAAGACAUCAUUUGGAUUAUGUCAAGUGCAGUGAAGCCCAAAUUUAUCCACAUAAAUGAAAGACGUAAGAUUGUUCUCUUUUUUUAAAAAAAGAAAGAAAGAAAUUUUAAGUAGGUCCUUUCUAUUUUAUAAUGAUUAUAAAAUUAUAACUGUUCAAAAAUAAACUUGUGGUUUCCACUAGCCCUACUUUGUAAUGUAUAAAGCUGUUGCCUUCCAUUUGCAUUGAAUUAUAACUCCCAAACUUCCCAGCCUCUACAGGGAUGGGGAACCACGGUCCUUUUAGGACGUGCGGACUUCCAACUCCCAGAAUUCCUGAGCCAGUCAUUCUGGGAGUUGACAUCCACAAGUCAUAAAAGGAAUGUAAAAGUUGUAGCAAAUAUAUCCGGAGGAACUGUGAGAAAUAGGCCAACACCUGUCUGAAAUUCUUUUAAGGGAUGGCUGCAUUGUUUUAAAUUAUUAAAACCAGGACAAAGAAUGAAUAGUUUCAUUUUUUUUAUUGUAUUGUUCCAUGAACAGAUGGGCAAUGGUUUGGUGACCUAUUUGUAAGGAAAAUAAAAUGAAGAACAAAUA